AUGCAGACAAGAGGCAUCGUUCUGGAGUUGCUGGCCAGGUCCGCGAAGACCUUUCUCAACCACGUGGUCAGCCUAGACACGCCCCGGCGCAUCGGCGGCGGCCCCGCCCCGAGGGCUCCUCGCAGGGCCGCGGGGGCCCACGGAGAGGUGUGGCGGCAGAAGUCGGGCGAGCUGGUUCCCAUCCGCGUCACGCACGUGCUUCGCGCCAAGGUCUCUUCUCCGGAGAACCGCGAGCGGGGGAUCUACCUGUUCAACACGUGGCAGCAGUAUGGCGACGGCCGCAAGCGCACGAGGAAGAACGGGCUCCUCUCCGAGAAGCUCUGCAUCUGCGAGAUGCCGCUGGAGCAGAACCUGCACGCGGUGUGCAGCCGCGCCGUGGUCGAGGAGGAGAUGGCAUUCGUCGUGGACUCCACGGUGAAGGUCCUCACCGGCAAGCCGCCACCUGCGUACGAUCCAGACUACAAGUGCCCGCUACAGGUCGUCGGCGAGGAUUUCAUCGAGCACACCAUAGAGAUCGAGACGUCCAAGAGCUACCCUGGGCUCAUGACCAUGUACCACCUCUACACCGUGGACAUCGUCUGCAGCGGCUUGCCCACGGUCGAUUUCAACACGCUCGAGUUCGAGCACGCGACGGGCAAGGACCU